AUGCUACCGGGCCUAACCGACGAACAAUGUUUCAGAAGGCUAAAGGAGAUAGAGGAAACCGUUCUAAGCCUCACAAACGCCGAAACUCUUCACGAAGCCAUGGACCGAUGCGCCAUUGUGAGACCGCAUGCUCGGCUACAAAAGCUAACCGUACGCAUCCGGAAGCUAAAAGAAAUGUACGUUGAGGGAACACCGAAGGCUAACUUACAGCUCUUGGUGUUAGAAAAGCUUGAGAUAGCAAAAGGAGAAUUCGCUGAAAAAAUUGAUCGGCUUGAAGCGGUGUUCAAACAGCGAGAAAAACCGCACUCUCCAGCUCCUGAGACCAGUAACGGUCAGAACCGAAGUGCAACACCUCCUCUGGCGGAUCCGGUGAUAAAUGAAACCGAUGAAAGGACGAGGAAUCCUCUCACCGGACAACUUGAGACUGAACAACCUGGGGUUUCCGAACCGGGCGUCACAGAAGAAAGGGUCAAGACCCUUAUUCAAGAGUUUGCAGACUCAACGGUUCACCCAUUGGAGACGAAAGUCAAGACAGCCAUGCGACAGGCACUCCUGUUCGCCGAAAAGACAAGGAAUGAUCUCGUAAAGGCAGAAGACCGGAUCACAGCCAUCGAAGCUGACUACCGGGACGAAACGGUUUUACGCAACGAUCAUCUUCGGCGAACCAAGACCUUGGAAGAAAAGACCUCAGGGAUAGUGGAUGACUUAGAUCGGCUUGAAAGGGAAACCGAGCAACGUUUAACAGAGGUCACUGAGGACCUAGUCGGCUCGACACUUGACAGGGUCUCAUAUCUGGAAAAGAAGAAUGCAAGCCUUGAAGACCGCAACGACAAACUUGAAGCCGAUCUUAAGGCGCUAACUGAACAUGUUAAUGAGCUGAUAAAAGCCAAGAUCAAUGCUGACACAGCGGUUGAGGAAGCAAACGUCCGAGCGGCUAAGGAAGUCCAAGAUGCGCUGGAUGAAGAAACGCGGAGAGCAAAGGAGGCACCGCGACUAUCUGAAGAGGAAAUAGCCGAGCGCGAACGAAUGACACUAGCUAAGUAUCCGGGACUUGCAAAGUCCAUAGCCGCUCAAGCACGAGAGGAUGCAGAGCGGUUAAAUAAUGAAAGACAAAGACUUGAUGAAUUUGCAACCGCUCACAAGAAGAAAAAGGAAGCUUCCUCCUCUUCGGUUCCGGCAAAACGAAAACGGAAACCAUCAAAGAAGGCUCAGGUAGCCGGGCUGCUGGAGAGGAUCACCGAAACAAAUGUCGAUACUCCACCAGACCCACCGCAAUCCGAGGAUGAAGAUGAAGAGCAUUUGGCGGAGCGCUCUACAAGACAGCGAGUCUCCGAUACGGCCGGUCAACCGCAAGCUGGGGGUUCAUCCUCAAGACCGGAUCAACCGGAUAAGGAAAAACCAACCAAGGAUAUGAUGGACGACUUCAGAUUCUCUGACUCAGAAUAA